AUGGCCGGUAAAGAAGAGGAAGGAUUAGAGAAGAGGACGGGAACACAGAGAAUGGAAGAUGAGGCGAGGGAGAAGAAAGAAGGGGAGGCGAAGGAGGAAGUCGGGAAACCGGAUAAAGGGGGAAAAAGAGGCAGGCCCUCAAAUAUAGAAGUCCUGAGAAGGGAAAGAACGCUGAGUUUGGGAAGUAUGUCAAACUUAGAGGAAAUGUGGAAAAGAAAAAGAGAGGAAGGAAACGAAGAAGGACCCCAGAAAGGGAAAGCGGAGGAGGAGAGGAGGCAAACAAGCGGAUGGAUGUUUAGAGAGAGUAGCCUAACGGGAAGGUCACCAGAGAAGAAAAAAGAAAGAAGAGAAGGUGAAGGAGGAGUGGGGGAAAUAAAGGAGCUAAUAAAAGAUUUAGGAAAAGAUCUGGGAGGGAGGAUGGGAAGGGUGGAGGAAAAUAUGAGGGCCCUGGGAAAUGAAGUAAGAGAAGAAAUGGAGAAGCUAAAAGAAGAUACGAAGAGAAGAGAGGCCAUGUGGGCGGAACAAAAGAGAGAAAUGGAAGGGAAGAUAGAAAUGUUGAUAAAGAAGAUUGGGGAAUUAGAAAAGAAAGGAAAAGAGGGGACAAGAUGGAAUGAAAUAGAACAGAAAGUGCACAAAACGGUGCAGGAGUCUAUAGAGAAAAGAAAAGAAGAGUUAGGAGGUGAGAACGUCAGUGAAAAGAUCAGUGAGUUGGAAAAGAAAUGGGAGAAGAAAGAGAGAGAGGAGAGGAAGAAAAAUAUAAUAAUAAGAGGUACGAAAGUGAAAAGAGAAGAGGCGAAGGAGAAGGCGGAGGAGAUACUAAAGAUAAUCGGAGUGGAGGAUGCAAUAGAAGAAGCAAAAGCAGUAGGAGGGGGAGAAAGUGAAAAAGGAAAAGACGGUAGCAUGGUACUUGUAAAAAUAAAGUCGAGCGAGCUAAAAAGGAGAAUAAUGGAAAACAAAAAGAUGCUAAAAGGACGGGAUGAAAGGAUAGAGGACCUAACCUAA